AUGCGAAGCAGUGGUUGCAAGACACACAGAUCCGGCCGAGUCCAAGAUAAAAAAGGAUUAUUUUUUGACAGGUGUCUUUGCUCGGAUUCCGCUCCUGCCUUCGGGUCUGGUAUGCUCGUUGUCGCCGCUCUCGUGGAUCUUGUCGGCAACGGUCAACGAGACCAGCAGCUAGCAGUUGCGGGCAGACAUUUAGAGGGGCCGCAGGUAGCGCAAGACACAAGCACAGCUAGCGUCUUCGAGCAGAGAAAAGACACAGGCCACGAAACGGGUUCUUUCGGGGCCCUGACCGAAACCGGUGCCCCGAGUCCAGCGCUGUGCCUGAUUGGUUUUUCGCUUCGGCUAACUGCCGUUUGCAGACUCGCAGACAGCCGGUCUAGGGCGACCCGCGUGUGGCUUGUCAAGGUCGCUGGUGUUUCAGAGAAAGCAGCGUAUUUGCUGUAGACAGUCCGCGACAGAUUUUACCCCGAGCAAAUGAUGUUUGGGUUUUGACGUGCAGGUGCCUCUUGGCAAAGAAACAAGACUGGUCGCUAGCAGGGGUCGCCUUUCCUUUUGAAGCAGAAGGCCGGAUAAGCCAUAAACGAGGUGGCGAACACCUUGUUCUAAAUGGCGCAGAAAGGCAGCAGCGGUGAAGCCGCCCGCAGAAUCUUCUCGAGACGUUUUCUCUGUUCUUUAAAAGUGUCUCUUUCCUCGAGGAGUAACGGCGUGCUGUGUUUCGUAGAGAUACCAUACACUCGUCUGGUGCCAGUCGGCUGUGCUCGUGGGGAAAGGGCUUGGUCCAGACAAGGGUGCUGAAUGUCGCCAAAGGCGAGGGCUAGCAAAGCGUCAGUGCCGACCACCGAAGUCCAAAGAAAAGAAAAAUUGAGGCGGAGAGUUCGCUUCUAACAUAUGUGUAACCGAGCACCAGACUAGAUGGACGCAGAGACAUAUUCAAGCCUUGUACGAAGUACCCUGUAAGUAGCUAAGAUACAAAAAAUGGUAUUGGAGACAGGUUUGUUUUUGGUUCUCAUAUUUUUUUCCGAGAAAUAAUUCCAUAGGCACUGCCUAACGAAAUUUGAGCCUAACAAUAUUGUUUCCGGAUGUAAUGGCACCAAAACUAUGGCGGGACCCCGUGGGAUGAAUAGACAACCCACAAACUGGCAUUUGACGAAUCCCCAAUCUCCCAGAGAUACCGUGUUUUUUACACUUUCUUCGCUCUCUUUUUGCCUCGAUCCAUGAGCCUCCUCGGAGUCAAAACACAUUCAGAAAAGUUGAGAGGCGUGAUUGUAUCGACGUUUUAGGUGCGGCAACUCGUCUUCACAGCUUCUUUUCAGCAUCGUGCAGGAAAGCUGGUUCCUUGGGCCACGAUUUUUUCUGACGUCUCCUGGGCUGCGACGAAGACUGAAAAGUGUCAGUUUGAAUAAGAUGGUC